AUGUCAAACACUAAUCCUCCGACCACCGGAAAUCAAGAAACGACGACGUUUCGUGUAGCUUCUAUCGCGUUGCCUACUAGACCUUCUGAGCAGUCUCCUCAGUCCUCUCCUGGCUCAACUUCUUCCCCUUCGCCAAGACCUUCUCUCGUCGCCGCCUCCGGUGGAUCUCCGGCGAGGAGAACGGCGACUGGAUUAUCCGGUCGGCACUCUGUUUUCAGGGGGAUUCGGCUACGGAACGGGAAAUGGGUAUCGGAGAUUCGAGAGCCGCGUAAAACGACAAGGAUCUGGCUCGGGACUUAUCCGGUGCCGGAGAUGGCUGCCGCCGCUUACGACGUGGCGGCGCUUGCCCUUAAAGGCUCCGAAGCCGUUUUGAAUUUUCCCGGUUUGGCAUUGACUUACGUAACUCCAGCUUCGACCUCGGCCGCUGACAUAAGAGCUGCCGCCGCGAGAGCCGCCGAGAUGAAGCAACCCGAUCCGGGUGGAGCAGAGAGGGUAGUGGAUCCGGGUCAACCCGGAAAGGAGGAGGAAGAAGCGUUGUCAUCUUCGUUGGAGUUUAUGGACGAGGAAGAAAUGAUGAAUAUGCCGAAUUUGUUAUCGGAGAUGGCGGAAGGAAUGCUUAUGAGUCCACCGAGAAUGACAAAUCCGACGCUAGAUGAUGAUUCGCCGGAGAAUCAUCAAGGAGAUAAUCUCUGGAGUUACAAAUGA